AUGGCUAGGUUCAAGAAGGUGAUUGACCGAGCAAAGGCAUUCACCAUAUUUGUCUAUGGACACACAAGAACAUUGGAGUGCUUGAGACACUUCACAGAGGGGAAAGAGAUAAUUAGGCAAGGAGUGACUAGGUUUGCUUCAGCCUUCCUCACUUUGAACAGCAUGCAAGAGAAGAAGGACCAGCUAAGAAAGAUGGUGGUUCAUACCCUCCAUGAGUUUCUUAUUUGGAGAACUACUAAAGGCAAAGAGAGAGAGAUCAAAGAGGCCUUUGGAAAUGUUGAAUCCCGUUACAAGGAUGCCAUUGCUAUUAUUGAGAAGAAGAUGAAAGGAAGACUUGAUUCUCCAUUGCAUUUGACUGCUUAUUUGCUUAAUGCAUACUAUAGUUAUGGUGACCCAUCAAUCUUUGAUGAUGCCACAAUAAUAGAAGGAUUUAUCAAUUGUGUGGAGACUUUUUAUCAUCAUGAUGAGGAUAAGCAAGAUCAGGCUGUCAACAUUGAACUAAGGAAGUUUCAGAAUAGAGAAGGACCAUUUAGUAAGAAGCUUGCAAGGACUUGUCAAAACUUUGAUUACAACCCAGCAUCUUGGUGGCGGUUGUAUGGAACUGAAACACCAGCUUCACAGAAGAUGGCUACAAGGAUUUUAUCUUUGACAUCAAGCUCUACUGGUUGUGAAAGAAAUUGGAGCGGGUUUGAAAUGAUACACACUAAGAAGAGAAAUAGGCUUACUACAACUCGCCUCAACAAAUUGGUAUUUAUUCAAUUCAACACCAAGCUGAUUAAUAAGAAAGAAAAGAUCAAGGCAAAGAAGAUCAGUGAUGUUCUCUUGUCUAGUGAAACAACAGAAGCUCAAGGUUUUCUGCAUGAGGAUGGAGAUGAGUGUGCACUUGUUAUCUAUAGAGAUGAAGAAGAUGAGGAGAUGGAAGGUACAGGGGUACCUUGGUCUGUUAUUGGAGAGGCAGUAGGAGCAGAGGAACAACUUGAGCUGCGCAGAAGUGCAAGAGUGAGAGAGUUGUAUGAAGGAGAAUAAUUUGACUCCGAAGAAGAAGAGUUUCAAGAAGACGAGGAUGAUGAUGUGGAACCCUAUUGAAGAAUAUAUGGCACUGGGGCUUUAUCAUUUCAUGUUUUAUGUUUUCUGAAUUAUGAUGCAUUCAUGUGAACUAUGUGUCUUAAACUUAUGACCUGUUGUGUGACUGUUUUUUUAAUGUACUGAUGUCCAACUUGUGUGGUAAAAUU